AUGGUCCAUUCUAAGAGUUUCUUCGGUUUCUCUCGCUCGUCUAACUCUCCUCAACCCCAGAAGUCUUCGUCCUCCAAGUCCAAGUCCAAGUCUUCUUCCCCCUCCAAGUCUCACUCUCGUUCCUCCUCCUCUCCAUCCGCCUCUGCGUUUGCGCCGCGGCCCCGUAAUCCCCAUCGCAGCUCUCACGACCCCGACUCUCACCCGCUCAAUCUUCCGCCCGACGAGCUCCGUCGCCUGUCAGCCAUGGCCGCCGCCGCCGCUGACCCCCGCAGCUCGAUGGACAUCGACAGCAAUGACCCUCGUCUUGGAAGUCCCUCGGAGCCUGCCCAGACCAACGGGGAGCAACAGCCUCACAAACAAAGCCCGACCCCGCCACCCCAUCGCUCCAGCGGUAACACAGACGAAGCCGACUCUUGCAAGUUGGCGGGGAACAAAUUUUUCAAGGACGGAAACUACAACAGAGCUAUUGAGGAGUUUACCAAAGCCAUUGAACUCAACUCUAGUUCAUCUAUCUACCGGUCAAACCGCGCUGCCGCGAACUUGGCCGCCCACCGAUAUCUAGAAGCCCUUGAAGAUGCAGAACGAGCCGACGAGCUGGACCCCGGCAACCCCAAAAUUCUGCACCGAUUGGCCCGCACCUUAACUGGUCUAGGUCGCCCUGCUGAAGCACUUGAAGUGCUUGAUCGCAUCCAGCCUCCGGCCUCAGCCGCAGACCGACAAACCCCAACAAACAUGCUUCGUUUCAUCAACCAGGCAAAGGACACCUUGUCUGAGAACCGUGGCGUUUCCAUGGUGCUGUACUGCGUUGAUCAGGCGCGGCAACUUCUUGGUCGGGGCGUCAAAGAACCCCGUGCCUGGACGAUCAUGACAGCAGAGGCCCAGCUGAAGAUGGCCACAGGGAACUCAUUCGGAAAGGCCCAGGAUAUUGCUGUCAACAUGCUCCGAGAAAACAACCAGGACCCGGAUGCACUUUUGAUUCGCGCGAGGGCCUACUACGGGCUGGGCGAGACGGAUCAGGCGCUCAAGUCGCUCAAGAUUUGUCUCGGACUGGACCCUGACAUGAAGGCGGCGAUCAAACUACUUCGCAUGCUGCAGAAGCUCACGCGAACAAAGGAUGAAGGAAAUGCUGCUUUCAAGGCCAAGGACUAUCGCAAGGCUAUUGAACUCUACACUGAGGCGCUCAACGUGGACCAAGCCAACAAGGACAUGAAUGCUAAGAUCCUUCAGAACCGUGCUCAAGCGUAUAUUAAUCUCAAGGAGUACGAUGAUGCUGUCAACGACUGCACUGAAGCCCUUCGACUAGACCCAACAUACCUCAAGGCCCAGAAGAUGCGUGCCAAGGCCCACGGCGGUGCUGGUAACUGGCAAGAGGCUGUCACAGACUACAAGGCUGUUGCUGAGUCCAACCCCGGCGAAAAGGGUAUCCGGGAGGACAUUCGCCGUGCCGAGUUUGAACUCAAGAAGGCGCAACGGAAAGACUUCUACAAGAUCCUAGGUGUCUCCAAAGACGCGAAUGAGACAGAUCUCAAGAAGGCCUACCGUAAGCUUGCCAUCAAGUAUCACCCAGAUAAGAACCGCGACGGCGAAAAGGGCGACGAGAUGUUCAAGGAAAUUGGCGAGGCUUACGAGACUCUCAUUGACCCUCAGAAGCGCGCUGCCUACGAUAACGGCGAAGAUCUGAUGGACCCCGCAGAUAUGUUCGGCGGUGGCGGAUUUGGUGGCAUGGGAGGCAUGGGUGGUAUGGGUGGAAUGGGCGGAAUGGGCGGCAUGGGUGGUAUGGGAGGCACCCAUAUCAACAUCGACCCCAGCGUCCUCUUCAACAUGAUGAAUGGUGGCGGUGGCGGAUUCGCCCAUGCUGGCGGCGGCAAUCCUUUCGGCGGCGGCGGCGGCGGCGGACAGCGCGGGUUUCCGGGCGGAUUCCCGUUCUAA